GAUGUACUGCCGCUGCCGGGCCAGACCGGAAGUUGAAGCACAGCGAACUCCGCCGCGGAGCGCACUAGUGCCCUAGCACCCUGAUCCUCAUUUCUUGUUCACACGAUUCAAACCAAUAGUUUUGAUGUUUUGAAUCAGGUAUUUCAUCUUCCUUGUUAAAUUGACAAAGCACAGCUUCUGUAUCUUCACUGAUAUACAAUUAAAAUAUUAAAACCGUAAUAAAGUGUUAAUGCGCUGCAAAUCGGGAUCCGGCUGGAGCACUACGCAAGACACGCCCCUUCAUAGCAUUCACGUGCUACGAUUGGCCAUGAGCCUGUCACGUGCAUCUCGGCUGAAAAUGGACAUGAGGAGAAGCAAACGAAAGAAGAUGGGGUCCCGCAAGCGUUUGUUGUCAGAAUUCCUGACCCCAGAAGACGCCAUAACCCGCUACAAGCGUGUUCUUGAGGCGGUGAACAAGGGCAACAAUAAAACGGCGGCUUACAGAGCGGUAGGAGUGGACCGCAAAACCAUUGCCGACACUGCAGGAAUUGCAGAACUGCAUGCCGUGAACCCGGGCAUCUUCCAAGAUAUCCGGGGAACACUGAAGAAGGGGGAAACCCUUCUCCGUUUCUCUGAGAUGUGUAAGUCUGCCAUAAAGGACCAACAUUUAGAGGGGAAGGUCCAGGACUUAAAGACGAAUGGAGGACUAUUAUCCAUUAAUCCAAAGGGGAAGUGAGGAAGGAAUGGAUGUUUUUUUGCUUUGCACUUGUUUUUAGUUUUUUUUUAUAAAAAGUCGUUUUUAUUUACAUUUUUCUUUUUUUUUAUGUUCAUCCUUGUUUCAAUAAAAAUGUAAAACUUCAGUGGCUGUAGAUCCGUCAUUGUCAUCAACAGUGUUUGUUUGUUUGUUUGUUAGUUAAACUGCUUAACUAAUGGUAAGAUAAUGGUGAGGUAAUC